AUGGCGAUUUCAUCCAGUGCCACGAUGGCUGUGGCGUUGACAUCCUCUCUCGUUGUCUGCUCAUUAUUCUCCAUCGCCUCGGCCGGGAACUUCUACCAGGACUUCGAUAUCACCUGGGGUGAUGGCCGAGCGAAGAUCCUCAACGGCGGCCAGCUGCUCACUCUGUCCCUCGACAAGGCCUCUGGAUCAGGCUUCCAGUCCCGGAACGAGUACCUUUUCGGGAAGAUUGACAUGCAGCUCAAGCUGGUUCCUGGCAACUCUGCCGGCACCGUCACCGCCUAUUAUGUGAGUGCCCAAUAUUCGAUGUCUUCUUCCCUAUUAUGAUGCUGUUUACUUGGUUUCUGUAGAGAGAGAGAGAGAGAGAGAGAGUUUCCUGUCGUUAGUUGCCAACGGUAUCUGACGAGAACAUUGGUUUUGUGGAAUAGCUAUCGUCGCAGGGCCCCUCCCACGACGAGAUCGACUUCGAGUUCCUGGGGAAUCUCAGCGGAGACCCCUACACUCUCCACACCAACGUGUUCUCGCAGGGGAAGGGUAACCGGGAGCAGCAGUUCAAGCUCUGGUUCGACCCCACCAAAGACUUCCACACAUAUUCAAUCCUGUGGAACGCCCAGAUAAUCAUGUAAGCUAAGGGGACAGUCAUUCUCCUCUACAUCUCCAUAAUUCUUUCGCUGCAGAGGUUCUAACAGCGUUCAUAACGAUGAUCUUCUCUCUACAGCUUCUACGUUGACGGGACUCCAAUCAGAUACUUCAGGAACAACGAGGCGAAGGGCGUCCCCUUCCCCAAGAACCAGCCCAUGAGGAUCUACUCCAGCCUCUGGAACGGCGAGGCCUGGGCGACGAGGGGCGGUCUGGUGAAGACCGACUGGUCCAAGGCGCCCUUCUUCUCCUCCUUCAGGAACUUCAACGCGGACGCCUGCGUCUGGUCGAGGGGAACCUCCAGGUGUCCUUCGGGGAAGGCCUCUUGGAUGAACCGAGUGCUGGACGCAGCGACCCUGGCGAGGAUCAAGUCAGUGCAGAAUAAAUACAUGAUCUACAACUACUGCAGCGACGCCAGACGAUUCCCGAAGGGGUUCCCUCUGGAGUGCACCAUCGCGUAG